AUGUCUACUCAAUCCCAUGGAAACUCCGCGACGUCUCGUGCGUUCCCCACCUAUAACCCCGUUGCCGCAGUGGCAGCUCCUGCGGGGACCUUGCUUCCGGGCACCAAGAUCCAGGUCGGCAGCCACCGCGUGGUGGUUGAGAAAUAUCUCUCGGAAGGUGGUUUCGCUCAUGUCUACGUGGUGCGACUACCCCAGCCCGUCAAUGGCACCGAGACCGCAGUGCUGAAGCGAGUCGCUGUCCCUGACAAGGCGGCUCUGGCCAACAUGCGCACCGAGGUGGAAACCAUGAAGAAACUCAAGGGGCACCGGCAUAUUGUGAAAUACAUUGAUUCGCAUGCCUCGCAGUUGCGUGGGGGCGGAUAUGAGGUGUUCCUGGUUAUGGAGUACUGCGCCGGGGGUGGUCUUAUUGACUUUAUGAACACCCGGCUUCAGCAUCGCCUGACGGAGCCCGAGAUCGUGAAGAUCUUCUCCGAUGUCGCGGAGGGUGUUGCUUGUAUGCAUUACCUCAAACCACCUCUUUUGCACCGCGAUCUGAAGGUUGAGAAUGUUUUGAUCUCGGGCAAGGGCCCGUCCGCCACCUACAAACUCUGCGACUUUGGAUCAUCGGCACCCCCUCGCCCGGCGGCUACCUCUGCUGCUGAGGGUCGACUGAUUGAGGAUGAUGUGCAGCGACACACGACGUUGCAGUACCGCAGCCCAGAGAUGAUUGAUGUCUAUCGGAAGCAGCCCAUCGACGAGAAGAGUGAUAUAUGGGCACUUGGUGUGUUCUUGUACAAAUUAUGUUACUACACAACUCCUUUUGAAGAGGUUGGACAGAUGGCUAUUUUGAACGCGACCUUUAAAUACCCCUCCUACCCCUCAUUUUCGAGCCGGUUGAAGCUGUUCAUCGGCUCAAUGCUGAAGGAAGACCCACGGAAUCGACCCAAUAUUUACGAGGUCGUGCGCGAAGUGUGCAAAAUGCAAGGAAAAGAGGUGCCGAUCAAAGACAUAUACUCCAAUCGCUCCAUGUCAGAAGCACGCAAGUACCAGGAAUUACCUCCAACUCCCACAGAAGCUCCCGCCCCCGGUGCAAAAUUCUCGCCCCCGGUGCAGGAAACAGAGAUCAUCCCGGAAAUCGCGCCUAUGCGCCGUGGCCGACCAGGGAAAUCUCAUGCAUCCGAGAGCGACUCUUCACGCCCAAGCUCCUUACCGCACAGAGGUGGUGCUAGUAGUUCCUCAAAUGAUCCAUUUGCUGCCUUGGAUGGCGAUGCGGCCCGAAAGAAGACCGCAGAAGAGGCGGCCAGGCGAUUCCCAUCCCUCGAUCAGUUCGACAUAUUGCAUGAAAAGGGUGACAAAUUCGAAUUUGAGCCGACAGUUGAACCCAAAGCGGAGGACGAUGACCUUUCGCAGAGACUCACCAACGCCUUGGCCGAUGACGCCUUUGCCCGACGUGCCUCGCCUGAACGCACGCCCAAUCCAGUAUACAAGCGGCCGUCACACGCUUCCCCUGUACGUGCACCAGUUGUUCGCGAAGCUCCUCGACAGGGCACGCCCUUGUACCAGCCUACUCCGCAGCGACCUGCGAUGGUGUCGACGGGUACUAUGACUUCACCCGCCCCGACCCCUCGUUUGACGGAGCCGAAAAUUGCAAACCGUCCGAUCUAUCGGUUCCCCUCCUCGGAUAAUGAACAGCGAUCUUCUAGUCAGCCGUGGACGGCGGAAGAAGAACAGAGAGCAGCUAGGUCUCGUCGAGCGCGAUCGCCUACUGCAUCAAAUUUGAAGCCAGAGGAAAGCCCACAGAUAUCAACCGAUCGUUUAUCUACCCACUCCAGCUCCGCCCGUCCUUCCAUGGAAACACUGAGACGGCCAUCUGCACUAGAGGUGAACGACCACGCAGUGCGCUCUAGAUCUGCGGUUGGAAAGGGUCGACCUUUGUCUGUACAGUCCGGGGCGAGAUACGACAUGCCGCGUGAUUCUGAGAGCCCGCGGGCCUCGCUUGACAUGUCGCGGAUGCAAUAUGAGGGCGGGGCACCGUUACGCUCAGUUCGCACGGACAUAGACCGCGAAUCUGAUCGGGCCAAUAUUUCAUCUGACGUAGAUUACCUGCGCGCGAUGGAAGAAGAAGAAAGCAACCGCAAGCGCGAGAAGCGCUCGAGUGGAAGUCACAAGCACAACAAGCGUGGCAGUCUUUCCACUUUGUCUCUCUCCGGAGGCAAGAAUCUGUUUGCUGGUCGAUUCGGAGAUGCGUUCCGCCGAUUCGAGGCUGGCAACCAAGACAAGCCUUCGACGCCGUCCGCAGAAGAAGCGCCCCAGCAGAGUUUGAUCGGGGUCUCUGAUUCAGGCUCCGGUGCCAAUUCGCCAAAUGAUGAGAUUGCGCUGGAAGAUGCAGACCGCGACGACAUCUCCCCGGAGAUGCGCCGAGAACUCGAGCGCCGUCGACUCUCCCAGGAGGAGAAACGAGUCGCUAAUGCCGCAGCGGAGUAUCGCCGCCGGGUCGCCGAAAAAGGCGAUGCAGGUGGCCGGGCGCCAGGGGAUGGACCCCGUUCUCGGACCAUCCAAAACAAGGUGCAGUCAUUGCUCGGGGAGUCUGAAAAGCCAGCGGUCCCCAAGACUGCUACUGGCUAUGGCCGGUUCACAGAGACUUCCUCUUCUUUGCAGGCAAAGCAGAGCGAGGCUGCGUCUAAACCACCUGUUCAAAUACCCACUUCUCGAACCCCAGGUCCUUCCUACAGCGCUCGCGAGAGCGCAAUGACACCCCCGGAUCGUCGAGACGGCGCCAGCGCGCCGGCUGGACUUCAACAAUCUGCCUCCACCGGUUACCAAUCUACACAACGAACUGUCGCUCGCCCAACUGCGCCACCAAAGCCCAAGAACCUGCGAGUUGGCGGCGAGACCUCGCGACCGGGGACUGGCAAUGACAAUCGUCCGCCCUCUCAGGCGACCCCGCAAAGCCCCGGAGAAGACUGGGAGGCUAACUUCAGCAAGCGGUUCCCAAGCCUGUCUGGAAUCGAGAUGGAAACAGAGAUUGAGAUCCCGAAAUUCCCGAACCUGAGGACACGGGAAGUGUAA